AUGAAGGUGUUAAACGACGACGUCUCAGUCGACAUUGAAGAGAUCUACAAUGGUGGCAAGGAGCAUCAUGUGAAAACUUGCCAUGGUUUAGUUUCAGUUGUAGUCUAUGGAGAUCAAGAGAAACCGGCAUUGAUCACUUACCCUGAUGUAGCACUAAAUUAUUUGUCGUGUUUUCAAGGAUUGUUUCUCUGCCCUGAAGCAGUGUCCUUACUCCUUCAUAACUUCUGCAUCUACCAUAUUAGUCCCCCAGGACAUGAGUUUGGAGCUGCUCCAGUUUGUUCCAAUGAUCCGUCACCUUCUGUUGAAGACCUCGCUGACCAGAUUCUUGAAGUAUUGAAUUUCUUUAGCCUCGAGGCAGUAAUGUGCAUGGGGAUCACAGCUGGUGCCUACAUCCUUUCCUUGUUUGCUAUUAAACAUAAAGAUCGAGUUUUGGGUCUGAUUCUUAUAUCGCCUCUAUGCAAAGCACCAUCAUGGUCUGAAUGGUUUUAUUACAAGGUAGUGUCAAACUUGUUGUACUAUUAUGGCAUGUCUGGAUUGUUAAAAGAUCGUUUCCUUCAGAGGUACUUCAGUAAGGAAGCUCGUGGUAGCUCUGAAGUUCCAGAGCGGGAUGUAGUACAUGAAUGCAGAAGGCUGCUGGGUGAGAGACACGGUAUUAGCCUUAGGCGGUUUCUGGAAGCAAUUAACAGGAGACAUGACAUAACUGAUGGAUUAAGGAGUUUGAAAUGCCGUACACUCAUAUUUGUCGGCGACCAAUCUCCUUUCCACUCUGAAACUCUUCACAUGGUGGCUGCAUUGGACAGAAAAUACAGCGCCUUGGUUGAGGUGCAAGCUUGUGGAUCAAUGGUAACAGAAGAGCAACCACAUGCAAUGUUGAUACCAAUGGAGUUCUUUUUCAUGGGGUUUGGACUGUAUCGGCCUGGUCGAGUUAGCGAUAGCCCCCGAAGUCCACUCAGUCCAUCGUGUAUUUCGCCGGAGCUUCUUUCUCCGGAGAGUCUUGGUUUGAAGCUAAAGCCAAUAAAAACUCGGGUUCCCACAAAAUGUUAA